GUGACACGUAUAGAGCGGGUGGGACCGCUCUAUACGUCAUUCUAUCUGAAAUAAGAAAAUAGCUAAUGGGAGGAGUCAGGAACGACACGAUAAAUCAUCCUCUUCAUCAAACCUCCUUGGAGCCUUAGCAGAACGUUUGGAUCUCUCCAUGAUGUCACCUGUAAGACAAAAAACAGGUGAUUCGGGUUACAUGAGCCGGCCUUGGCUCAUUACGCCGUUGUAUAACCCCACAGAUGAGGCCCAGGAGCGCUACAAUCGGGCGCAUACGCGGACUAGGGCUGUAGUGGAGAGGAUGUUUGGGCUCCUCAAAAUGGUGUUACGAUGCCUAGACAGGUCUGGAGGAGCCCUCCAAUACAGCCCUAGUAAGGUUGCGAAGAUCGUUAUAGCCUGCUGCGUCCUGCAUAACAUUGCUCAGCGGGCUGGGAUGCUGCAGGCCGUCCAGGUGCCCCGAGACCUCCUCCAAGAUGAGAAGGACAAGCCUGUUCUAGAGGGAUCAUUCCGGGACCAAAAUAAAAAUGUAACAAUCUCUAUCAAUUGAUGACAAUGCAAGAAGACACAAAAUGACUUAAAGCGACAGCCAACAACAUAAAAGAUAGAAAAUAGGAAUACAGGAUCUCUUUAUUUAUACAUUCAUUUAGGAAACAAUGAACUCACGUGAAAUAUCAUUUUACUUUGUCAAUUAGAAUAGAAAAAGCUUUUUUUGUUGGUGUCCAUGGCCUGAUUUGUAUUAAUGAUAUCCAAUCCUGAUUGAAUAUUUGACAGAUAUGGAUGUUGUUGCUGGACCCUCGAGCCCGGGUGCGUCACAUGGUGGUAUGUGUCAUUUUAAUUUACCUUUCUCUUCCAAACUUUUACGUAACAUUACAUAAUCCAUGCAUAUUGAUCUAUAUUAAUAUGGAUGCUCUAAUUCUCUUUUCUUGUUAUUUUAAAAUAAGAAUCACGAAUCAGAGUUGGGAUUCCAUUGUAAUACAAAUCGCAAUUUAUGAGUAUUUGAAGAUAUUCCUUCUAUUCUUGUUAUCUUCAUUUUAAUGUAAUCUCAGGGUCAUGGGCAUUUUGUAUUCUUCCCCUGGGUAGUGUUUUACAUGUUUUUGCUACAUUUAGACUAAUAAAUUGUUCCAUAUGUGCAGAUUAUAGAAAUAUACAUCUCAUAUGCUUUGAUAUUUUCGUGUUAUCAUUAGAGGCUCAUGAAAACAAACAUUUUACUUUUAGGAUUUAUACACAACAUGUGAUUAUAAAUAAAAAUCAUAUUUAAUAUUA